CGUCAGGUGGGGCAGGAAAAGGAGAGGAGGCCGGCUGCCUUCCAUCGUGCGACACCCACCUGGCGUCUCACCUGAAGCACCUUCGCCGCUGAGUGCUGCGUCGGUCCCCGCGAGUGCGGUGCGCGUCCUCUUCUCUUCCUCUCUCUCUGUACUUCCUCAACGUUCAUUCAUUCCCUUUUAUUUCAUCUGUUUCUCUCUCACUGUCUCCUUGUUUUUUUUUUCUUUUUAAUUUGUGCUUCUCUCUAUUUUCUUCUCUCUCUCUCUCUCUCUCUCUUUUUCUCUCUCUCUUUCUCUAUCUAUCUAUCUCUCUCUGUUUCGUUCUCUUUCGUUCUCUUUCUCUCUCUCUCGCUCUUUCUUUUUCUCUGUCUGUCUACCUUGUUCUCUGUUAUCACGUCUCGAGAAAACAAAAACUUUCGAUCGGAUGAAGAUAUUUUUCGACUGAUCGACGAAAUCAAAAUAACGAGGAAGAAUUUCACGUAUAAUAAAUCGGAGUGAGAGGAAAGGAAGGAAGAGGAAGAAGAGUUAACGACCACGAUUAUUGGUGUUGAAGGAAAAUUUUGCGAGGAUUGAAUAUGAGCGCGACUCGAUUUCGCUGGAUCGUGCGGUGUCUCGUGUGAAGAAAAGAGAAAGAAACUCUCGUGUCAGUGUUUCGACGGAACUUUAUCGGGAAUUUCAAUAUUUCUGUGUGAGACUCCGAAGUGUUCCUACUUUCAUUUUCUCUUCCUCUUUCCCUCUCUCUCUCUCUCUCUCUCUCUUUCUCUCUCUCUUUCUCUGUCUCUAUCUCUCUCUCUUCCUCUCUCAAUCUAUCUAUUUAUCAAUCUAUCUUUUUCUCCGUGAAACGGAUCGACUUGAAUCAUCGACAACGUCCAAACAUGUUAAUCCCUACGUGCUCGUCGUAGGAUAGCCGAGAGCUCGAUCGUUCUCCCUCCGCAGUUCGUAAUGAUUUCUCGUGGCGUGGUGGGACGAUACCGGAAGUGAAGUCAGAAUGGCGGAACCAGACGUUCACUCAAUGGAAAGUUAGACUUCUUUCAGUACGCUCGAGAAGUGGUCACAUUGUUCUUCGAUCUGAGGAACCUUUCGGUUUUUAAGGGAAAACGCUUCAAUAAAACAGAAAAACGGUAAAAGAAAAAACAAAAAAAAAAAAAAAAAGAAAAAGAGAAGAGAGAAAAAACGAAAAAAUAAAUCGAUUAAAUCCUUCGAAUCUUAUAGCAUUAGAGAAAAAUCGUGUUCGAAUAUAUGUACGUUUUAACGCAUCGUUUCGUUCUAUCUUUCACGAGGCGCGAAAAGUGAUAAGGGGAAGCUCGCGUGCUUUCAAGCGAGUGCGAAGGAUUCGUUUGUAAGGAGAGUGAGAGUGGGGGGAGGAAGAGGAGAUCUGUACGUUCAUGAAACCACCCUUCAGAGAUGGUCAGCCAACACGCGAUGGCCACUACUGUUCGCAAAGUAAAGCAGGAGAAUCGUCUUAGGCGACAGAAUCAGAAUCAAGAUGAGGAGGGACCUUACAAGGCAAUACCACCACCGAAACCGGUGCCGAACAAUCAGAAAAAACAGAACGGACUACAGUGGGACGAACGGCGGGCGGUAGCCUUAGCACAUCCGCAAGUACCAACUUCCGGUACAGAAAGAAGAGACGCGAACCACGUUGGGACAGAGAUCCGAAAUUCCGGGCAAAUUCCUUUUGCACCGGAAUACAGGAUGCCACCGCUCUAUGGAGAGGAACAGAGUUCGAGUCAGGCUCAACAGGCGGCCAGUCUGCAGACUCACAGUAGCAAGUUUCCGAUAGAACGAGAGGUGGUCCUUUCAUCGGGAGACAAGAAUUCAAAGAUUCCAAUUCUUCACGAGUACAAACAGAGGACUGCCGGAAGAGUAGCGAUCGCACCGGAUGCUCCUAUCAAGCAGCAGGCUUGGGUACAAGAGGCGAAUCAAAUGCACGAGGUGAGGCAAGAAGCUCAAGCGAGGAACUAUCAAUCGCAAGAAUCUUCAUUAUCGACCACAAGCGGAGCGGUCGUAAGAUCGACAAAGAUAGACGAAGAGAAGUCCAAGCCUUUGUCAAGGACCUAUCACACGAUCAAGGACAUGAUAUCCAGUCGAUUUGGUCAGAAUCGCAAGGACGUCGAGCCAGAACCGGAAGCGAGUUUGAACAACGCCGCUGACGAGUUAAGGAAACCUAGUAAGAGUAUCGAGGAGGAAGAAGCGAAAAAGAAAGAAGCCAUUUACGGGAAACCUCGUGCUCAAGAGCCUCCUGUCAACAUGCAGCAAUAUCCUAAAAACGCUUACGGUCAAUACGGGCAUUCGUACAGUUACCAGAGCAAUCAACAAAACGUACCACUACCUGGUCAACUUCAGCCGAACUUACCGGGACAGAGCGCACAGCUUCACGUAACCCAUCACGCUCCAGUUAGUGGAGUACAGACGGUCCAUCAAACACAACUACCUUCUUUCGGUCAAUCAACGCCAGGUGGUCAACAGGUGCAAAAUGUUGCCAGAGAUUACGUCGUUCAAGGGACGGUCGAAUUGACGAAUCAACAAUCGCAUCAAGGACUUCAUUCGAAUCCUUCUCAGGGACAGGGCCAAAAUAGCACGGUGCAGAAACAACAGCAGCACGGAUUACCGAUGCAGCAACAACAGCAACAACAACAACAACAACAGCAACAACAACAACAACAACAGCCACAACAGCAACAACAACAACAACAACAACAACAACAACAACAAGUAGGAAAUACAAUGCAGCACAUGAGUCAACCGUACCAAAGCACCCAACAGUUAUUGCAUCAGAACCAAAAUCAUCACCAAAGUCCACGAUUCGCGCAACAGCACGCUCAGAAUAUGCACCAACGUCAGUUGAUUCAGCAAAUGCAUCAACAACAAAUGGCGGGACAACAACAAGGCGGUGCGAGGAAUGCUCAACCACAACCACAACAACAACAGGCAUAUUUCUCGAACAGCGUAUCGUACCAACAAUAUCAGCAAGCUAGACAGGCUAUGUCCAGGUCGCAAAUCGAUCUACCAAGUACCUCUAGACAAACUCAAGAAUUAAGGAUAUCCAGUCAAGAGGUAUAUUAUCAUUAUGCUCAAGGGAGGCCUAGGUACGGUGUACCACAAGUCUACAUGAAAUCGGAAACCAAUCAAGAGGUAGAAUUCCAAAGGCGAAAUUCAGCAAAGGGAAUAGAGAAGGCAGCCUCUCAACCUCAGCUCUCUUACGAAGAGGAACGAGCUAUUAGCGAAGCAUCGAGAAAUCCGGUGGUCGAUGGGCUAAAAAAUCACACGAUGGAUCCAUUGGACAAGGAGAAAUACGAGAUAACCGUUGAAGAUCGAGGACAAAACGAGUUUGGUAGGAAUGGUUCCCAGAGAAAAGAGGAUUAUAGGCCGGAAACUAGUUUUGGUAUACAUAGGGACGAAAUGAUAAGAUCCUCGACGAGAGAUCAUGAACAUUCUGGGGUUAAUAUUAUUCAACAGGAGAGUCAAGAUUCGCCGGAGAAUAUAUCAGUUCAAAAGAGGAUCGAGGAGUUGCAGAGGAGAACCGAACACGAUAAUAAUCAUUCGAUAGUUGGUAAAAUAUCGAAGGAAUCCGAUAUGGAGGCAACAAGGAUCGGAGCCAGUUCGAAAACUUUAGGGUUGGAUGUUUCGAAGAGACUAGAAGCUGGUUCCUCCUAUUCGGGAAAAGAUUCUGCCACGAAAUCUGACAGUCGAAAGGAUGAACUGGAACAGGGUAUCGCUCGGCUUAAGAUUCAAAAUCAAGGAUCUGGCUCGGAUUACGAUAAAGCCGGUCAGAGUUCUUCGAACGUCGAUUCUGGAAGGGGUUCUGCAGUUUAUUCCAGUGGAAGGCGACCACCUCCGGAGGAUCGAAAUUUGACACAAGCGCAAGACUCAGAGUGGGUCGAUAUAGUGGAAUCCGAAUUGAGAAGCAUUUUAGAACCAAGAGACGUUCCAGCAAUGGCACACUCGACUCUAUCCGAAAGUGUAUCGUCCGUGACACCGCCUUUACCGCCUCUGUCACCCCAUGAAAGCCCACGGACGCCAAGAAAUCGAUACUCGGCGAGCUUGCCUUAUGGUUCCAAGCCGAGUUACGGUGAUUAUGGCAAAGCAAUGGAGAAGAGAGGAUUCCUAAGCAGCUCAAAACAUCGCGGUGCUUCAACAUCGAAAAAGGAUUCGAAUAAAAAGUUCUCUCAUCUUUUUGACUGGGAAGUUGCUGAUCUGACAUCUACAACGACCGGACUCGAUUUGGAUUCGAUGCUGGACCGCAGUGAUUCCGAUCUUAGUACCAACGACGCCAGAACGAUCAGGAAGCAAUUGGAGGGUCUGGAAAAUAUGUACAGCGAGGUAUUGAAACUGUUAGGUGGUAGCGUGAAGAAGAGACGAAAGACGAGAGGUCUGACCAGUUACGGUUCCGUUUCUUCAUUACCAACGUCAUCUGUAUCUUCUAGACCAGUCACGAGACAUCACGAUAAACGCAGAUCGCAUAUGAUCGACGAUCGUAUGAAAAAAGCCAAAGACAUCAAGAGUAUCAACAAAAGAUUUCAACUGUUGGAGUCUCACGUGGUGACGUUGGCACGUUCGGUGGCACAUCUCAGCUCGGAAAUGAGAACCCAGCACAUGAUGAUGCAGGUGAGCGAGAACGCGAAAAUUGUAACGGGAAUCGAAGCGACUGUCGCAAGACUCCACUACUACCAGGUUUUCGCAGGAAAUGGAGAACAUAAGGGGGGAAAUCGCGGCACUUCGAACCCAAACGAGCAUGGCGAUGGUGAGAUCGCAGUCGCAGCCAUUGAUAAAGGAUUCCGAAUUACCGGCUCUGUCCAAUCCAUCGAGGGUGAAAAAACUGACCAAGUUUUUCGGAACGGAACCACCCCUUAUCAGACUCUUCCUCAGGGAACUUGGAAAUACGCGAGUGCCUUCGAGAAGGAGAAGGUCGGUAUGGUGGAGUUGCCCUACUUGAGCGAAGAGAGAUUACAAAAAAUGGGAAUACCCUUGGGACCAAGGCUGAGAAUCCUACAGGAGGCAAGGAUAUCCGUGUGCAAGGACGCUGUUUACGUCGUAUGAAACGAUACGUCCCCUUUUAUCGCUUCGUCGAUAAUGAGACCAAUUUUAUUAUAUGAUGUUAUUUCUCUCUCUCUCUCUCUCUCUCUCUCUCUCUCUCUCUCUUUCUCUCUCUUUUUCUUUAUUUUUUUUUAUAUUCUCUUCUUCAUUCAAUCUGACAGGUUUUAAAGCGUACCAAAAUGUACAUAGGAUCAAACGCACGUUUGCGUGUGCCUCCGACUGAAAGGAUUAGCAUAUAGACUUUAAAUCGAACAGAACAUUUUUACAUAAUAUUAUUCACUUUGACGAUGGUAAUAAUAAUAAUAAUAAUAAUAAUAAUAAUAAUAAUAAUAA